AUGGGUAUUCGCACCCUCGUCAUAUACUCCGAAGUUGAUCGUUAUUUGGCACAUGUGACUGCAGCGGAUUCUGCCGUUGCACUUGAAGGCAAGACACCUGCUGAAACCUAUCUUCGUGGUGAUUUGAUUAUCGCUACAGCAAAAUCACAGAACGUUGAAGCAAUUAUUCCUGGUUACAGAUUUCUCUCUGAAAAUGCCAAUUUUGUUGCGCAAUGCGAAGCAUCUGGUAUUUGUUUCAUUGGGCCCACCCCAAAACAAAUCCGUCAAUUUCAUCUCAAGCAUAUUGCAUAUGAGGCAGCAGCCGUUGCCGAUUUACUGCUUCUACCUCAUUCUGGAUUACUCACUGAUGUUGAGGAAGCCAAACUGAAAGCGAAAACUGUCGGUUACCCACUUAUGCUAAAAAACACAACCAGAUCAGGUGGUAUCGGAAUUGCGCGGUGCACGGAUGAAAACCAGCUGGUCGAUUUGUUCCCAAAAGUAAAAUGUGCAGCUAUAAAAUUCUUUUGCAAUGAUGGGGUUUAUCUGGAACGCUGUUUUCACGAUGCCCGUCACAUUGAAGUACAAAUAUUUGGUGACGGGCAUGGUCAUGUGAUAGCACUUAAUGAACGGGACUGUUCCUUGCAACGUCGCAAUCAGAAACUCGUUGAGAAAACACCACCACCUAAUAUAUCCGAUGAUGUACGUGCUCGUCUUCGGGAUGCAGCUGUUAGACUAGGCACGUUGCUUAGUCUACAUUAUCGACUUCGUAUACAUCUACUGAUGGAACAAUUACGUGAUCAUCAUCCAGUGAAUGGUAUACUCGAAUUAGCACCUGGUGUUCGUUCACUUCAAAUCUAG